AUGGUGGACCGCGUGGAAUGCUCGGGCGUCUACAUCGACGACAGAGUGCGGUCGGAAAGAUGGGUGCGCAGAAAUUCUAUAGAUGAAUCGACGAUAUCAUCAGCAGGUUCUUUCGUGACACCCGAAGAGCCGGAAGCCCUGCAGGCCGAUGUGGAGUUACUGCUGGAAGUGUGCAGACAAGUUUAUCUCUGCCACACUGGAUCUUCAUUUGCCAAUAAGUUAGCCGAGCUCAGCGACCGUGCGGGCAGCGACUGCAACCCAAUAUUCGCCUUCUUCGAUAUAGAUUUCAGCGGCGAAGAAUCAAAUCUGGCACGUCGGAAAGCUAGCCGUUCCUCCUGGGCAGAUAAUGCUCCUCCAUCACCAGGUUCCAUUCAUCGCACGUUCACAUUUUCAACCCAGUCUGACGAAGCACGUGGCCUUUCGCUCCUAUCGGGCAUCUCAAAUGAUAUACAAGCCCAAGAAGGCCCCAAUCUGGUCAUUCCAAUCGCCGUCUUGCGCCUCCCCUCUUUGGAUGCAUCGAUCGACUAUGCUGGUACCGGCCCUACUAGUUCACCGCAAUCCCAAGGACCUCUCACCGUGGAGCACAAGCAAAUUGCGCGUUGUCUUGAUGCCGGUUCCGUGGAUGUUCUGACUACUCCACUAGAUCGGGCACGCGUUCAAGGGCUCGUGGUCCAUGCCUAUCGCACCCGAAAAACUGCACAAAGAGAGAUGUCCCGUUUCCUCGCACGUAGGAAACAACGGAAGCUUUCGUGGGUUGGAGUUCAUGACGAGCAGCCUUAUUCUUAUCUGAGAGAAGCCAUGGUCUCGAAACUCAUGAAAGGCAUCUGCAACCCGGAAGAGAUUAUUCAUGAGUUCCAGGAGGUUGAAAUCAGUGUUGAUCCCGCACGCGAGCCUUUCAUAAAAGAGCAGGUGGGCAGUUGGAAUUUUUCGGCCCAUGCGUUUACCGAGGAUGAACUAGUGCUUUGCGCUUGUGAGAUGAUUCAACAUGCUUUCACCAUGCCGGGGUUGGACCAUUGGCGGUUGACCCCAGAUGAGUUGCAAACUUUCCUUCUUGCUUGUCGCGCUGCCUAUAACUCCUUUGUUCUCUAUCACAACUUUCGCCAUGCUAUUGAUGUGCUGCAGUCUGUCUUUUGUUUUUUGGUACACAUUGGUGCUUUGCCUCGUUAUGGACCGGUUGGCCAAGAUCAAGUUCCCAAAUCCCCGAUCGCAUCUCUUCUCUCACCUUUUGACGCCCUCACUCUCCUCAUAUCAGCUAUUGGCCAUGACGUUGGUCACCCGGGUGUCAACAAUUUCUUCUUGGUCAAGCUCAAUGCUCCUCUCGCACAACUCUACAACGACAACUCAGUACUAGAAGCGUUUCACUGCGCCGCUUUUUCCCAGAUUCUGCGUCGACAUUGGCCGUCGGCCUUUAAGGAUAAGCAGCUGCGCAAACUCCUCAUCAGCUCGAUUCUGGCGACAGACAUGGGUGUUCACCAAAAGUUCAUGCAGCGGAUGGGUUCAUUCCAAGAAAAGUUCCACGAAAACGGCAAAUCGGUGGAAGGCUGGAAGCUGCAAGAUGUCGACAUGUACAAGACUUUGGUCUGUGGGUUAUUGAUCAAAUGUGCCGACAUCAGCAACGUCGCUCGGCCGUGGAAAGUUGCAGAGAAGUGGACUCAAAUAUUGCAGGAGGAAUUCGCCAACCAGGGCGAGAUGGAAAGAGAAGUUGGGAUGGAAACCGCACUGUUUGGUGGUCCACCGGAGCUAGGGAACAUUUACAAAUUGGCCACUGGUCAAAUUGGAUUUAUGUCAAUCUUCGCCCUCCCGCUAUUUGAAGGCAUAUCCGAUCUUCUACCACAGUUGCAGUUCACUGCAGAUCAUAUUCGUCGCAACCAGGCAAAGUGGCACGAACUGUCCAACGAAGAGCUGGAGAAGCAGGGUCUGCCAGUUGAGAAACGGGCCGAAAUUACAGUCUCGCCGCGAUCCCACAGCCCCGCAGCCCAAUCUACCAAUACCGAAAAACUGAUCAUUGACUCCGGAGAUGGUGUGGCGGACCCAAUCGGAUCGUCUGAAUCAUCGUCAGGAGUAAUCUCGGAUGGGGCAUAUAAAGAGAAUACCAUCGAACCGGUUGUGUCGCCAGACACGGCAGGCCCUCAGAUCGAAAUUACGGGGAGUCCACUUGACCCGGCAGCUGAGAUGGCUUCUCGCAAGUCAUCCAGUGCCAUGCCGCAGGAUCUUUCGUACUUCUCAAUUCCAGGCGCCCCGGAGUCGGCCCAUGGGUCCAUUGGAAACCAGCUGCACAGUCCUCUUCCCGAAUCAACUAACCCCACGGAUGAUCCGGCUGUCCUAGCGGCUGUUUUGUAUGCCAAUUCUGCCAUAGGCGCGAGUACUCCCCUAGGCACAGCGGGGCGUGACCAUACACCUGAAGCUGUCGAGAGACCGAGCAGCUCCCGCCAAAUCUUUCCGCACGGCUCCCAGCGUCACCAUGCGCACCACAGCUCUUCUGCCCGCACUGGCUCGAACCGCAAUAGUUGCACUCGGACGCAGAGUACUUACAGCAACAAUAUGCCAUCCAUAUCUCCUGUGACCAAUGCCACCAGCUUUUUGGCUGUAGAUAGUGGUGACGAAAAGCGCGUUUCUGGCGAAAGUGCGGCCCAAAGUGAUCUUGGGGGACCUGAUGACAGCAGCACUCGCCCCAGCACAGCGGAUGCGUAUCCUUCGAACGUAUCAGAGCCUGGGAAUGGUUACAAUCCAGGUCGCAGUUAUGGCCACCGCCAUGGCACAUCUCGCUCCGAAGAUGGCGCUAGCAAAGACUUCUCCAGAAUGGCACCUAACGGAACCGGCAGCUCAGCUCAUUCGACCACUACUGGUGAGAGCAUCAAAAAUGAAACGCCGCAAGUAGAUGACUCUCAUGGUGAACGCCGUAAGCUCCCCAAGCGGCGGAGCCGACUUCGACUUGCUUUCUGGAAGCGUCGCAAUCAUUCACACGAGGUCCAUGGCGAGACAUGA